AAUGGCUUCGUCGAGUUUUGUUUGAAUGCAGACGAUGUCGUCCCCUUUGAUUUCUCUUUUUAUUUGACAAUAAACUCAUCUGCGUGUUCAAUCUACUCGGGUGCAACUAACUUUUUUGCCGCUAGCUAACAAAGUUUCUCCGAUAUUUUUUUUUCCUAGUAAAGGAUGAUGCUCAAAGAAAGAAAUUUACUUGUACUUUAUGGAAGUCAAACAGGGACUGCUCAGGACCUCGCCGAAAGAAUCGGCAGAGAAGCUCUUAGAUUUAAAUUUGAAGUCAGAGUUAUUGAAAUGGAUGAUUUUGAAGUGCAACACUUACCGGAACAGGCAUUUGUUGUGUUUGUCUGCUCCACUACUGGGCAAGGGGAAGAACCAGACAACAUGAAGAAAUUCUGGAGAUUCCUCUUGAGGAAGGAUUUGUCACAGAGUUCCUUGUUAGAGAUGCACUUUGGUGUCCUAGGGCUAGGUGAUUCAUCCUAUCAGAAAUUCAACUUUGCUGCCAAGAAGUUACAUAAACGACUUCUCCAGCUCGGAGCAAAAGCAAUUCUCGACCCUGCGUUGGGAGACGACCAACAUGACAUGGGGUUAGAUGCUGCAAUUAACCCUUGGCUGGAAAAUUUUUGGCAAAAAACUUUACAAAUGUUUCCUUUACCUGUGGGUGUCCAACCGCUGACUCCAGACUUUCUACCUCCUGCUAAAUAUUCAGUUUCCCAAAUGGAUUCUAUCAAUUCAAUGGUCAUUCAAUCAUCUAGUCAUCAGCCUCACAUAUCUGCCAAAAAUCCAUAUAAUGCUGUCAUAUCUCAAAACCUUCGAGUCACUUCUCCAGAACAUUUUCAGGAUGUUCGGCUCAUUACGUUUGAUUUGAAUGAAUCGGGCAUAAGUUAUUCACCUGGAGAUGUUGUAAUGGUCCAGCCACAAAACUCGGACGACAAAAUAGAGAUGUUCUUCCAAAUUUUUCCUCAGCUCAACAGGCAUCAAAGACUUUCUCUUGGCUCCAACAAAGUUGAGACAAAAUUGCCACCUGAUUGGAUUUUACCUGCCACUGGCUUCACCACCGAAGAUUGUGCACGUCGUUAUUGGGAUUUUCAGUCCAUUCCACGACGAUCUUUCUUUGAACUUCUAGCUCGCUUCAGCACUGACGAAAUGGAACGCGAGAAAUUAUUAGAGUUUGUUUCAUCCGAAGGCCAACAAGAUCUAUUCAACUAUUGCAACCGACCUAGGAGAACAAUGCUUGAAGUCCUUUAUGAUUUCCAUAAAUCUGCUGCACAAGUUCCAGUGGAAUACUUGUUUGAUCUCAUUCCGGCCAUCAAACCCAGAGCAUUUUCCAUCGCUUCCAGUUUCAAGACCAACCCGAAACAAUUACAAAUCCUCGUGGCCAUAGUCCAAUACAAGACAAAGUUAUCGGAACCUCGUCGAGGCCUUUGUUCCACGUGGCUGAGCCGACUAGACUCUGGAGUCCAAGUACCACUGUGGGUUCGUUCUGGGACAUUGCGCUUUCCGACCGAUCCCACAAUUCCAGUGAUAAUGGUUGGCCCUGGGACGGGCUGUUCGCCUUUCCGUUCCUACAUCAAUGACCAAAGGUUGAGUUUGCAUCCAGCUGAUAAUGAACGCGAACUGUACCUUUUCUUUGGCUGUCGGAAUCGUAUUCACGAUUUCUUUUUCUCCGACGAAUGGCUAGCGCUUGAAAAACAAGGACGACUACAUCUUUCCUGCGCUUUCUCUCGCGAUCAGCCAGACAAAGUAUACGUUCAGCACCGGAUGGACGAGCAAAGGUUAUUGCUGCGACGGCUGUUGAUCGAUAGUCAGGCUAGCGUUUUCGUGGCCGGAAACGCCAAGCAAAUGCCUGAUCAGGUGACGCAAGCGCUUCGGGCGGCCUUGAUGAAUGAGGAUGGCGCCAGUGAUGAUGACUGCUGGACUAUGGAGAAAGCAGAGAAUUACGUUGCAGAAAUGGUAAAACAAUCACGCUUACAGCUAGAAACAUGGUCGUAAUGAAUUUGUGGAGGGCGAUUGUAUUUUCCUACCCAUCAGAUAAUUAAAUCUAAAGUCUUCCCGUUGAAAUGUUGUCUCCUUCCUACAAUGUAAAAUCUACAGCUUGCACACGACACAAAUGAAACAAACAAUAAAACAAGUGAUUCGACGUA